AGGAUGGACUUCUCUACGACCCUGAUCCUGCUGGGCCUGAGCGCGGCUCUGAUCUGGUUCCUGCACGUCAGAACCAGGAAGGUUCGGUUGCCUCCUGGACCCCCUGCGCUCCCCAUCAUUGGAAACCUGCUGCAGAUCGACAAAAAUGCUCCUUUUAAGAGCUUCGUGGAGUUUAGUAAAAGCUACGGUCCUGUGAUGACCCUGCAGCUGGGCUGGCAGAGGACAGUGGUUCUGACCGGGUUCGAUACGGUCAAAGAGGCCCUGGUGGACCAGGCAGAGGACUUCACGGGUCGGGCACCGGUGCCGUUUCUGCAUAGAGCGACCAGAGGGUUCGGUCUCGGGAUCAGUAACGGGGAUCGGUGGCGCCAGCUGCGGCGCUUCACGCUCACGACCCUCCGAGACUUUGGGAUGGGGCGUAAAGGGAUGGAGGAGUGGAUCCAGGAGGAGAGCAGACACCUGAGGGACAGAAUCCAGAGCUUCAAAGGUAAACCUUUCGACCCGUCGAUUUUGUUGAGCCGCACCGUGUCCAACGUGAUCUGCUGCCUGGUGUUCGGCCAGCGCUUCAGCUACGAUGACGAGAAGUUCCUGGAGCUUAUGGCCACCAUCUCUGAGGUGACCCGGUUCAACAGCAGCCCUACGGGCAUGAUGUACAACAUCUUCCCCUGGCUCAUGGCGUGUGUUUCAGCCAAACAGCAAGCCGUUUUUGAAAGAGUCGAAAUGAUCCGGGAGUUUGUCAUGAAGAAGAUCCAGGAGCACAAAGAGACUCUGGACCAGAGCUCACCCAGAGACUUCAUCGACUGCUUCCUCAUCCGGGCCGACCAGGAAAAGGAUAAUCCCUCCACUGAGUUCCACUUCGACAACUUGGUGGCUACAGUGAUGAAUCUGUUCCUGGCGGGAACAGAAACCACCAGCUCCACCAUCAGAUACGCCUUCGGUGUGCUGAUGAAACACCACAAGAUUCAGGAAAAGAUGCAGCAGGAGAUCGAUGCCGUGAUCAGGAAAGAACGAUGUCCCAACAUGGAGGAUCGAAAGUCCCUCCCGUUUACGGAUGCCGUCAUCCACGAGGUUCAGCGCUUUCUGGACAUCGUCCCCUUCAGUGUCCCUCACUACGCCCUGCAGGACAUCUCCUUUAAGGGCUACACCAUCCCUAAGGGGACCGUGAUAGUUCCUUUGCUGCACUCUGUGCUUAAAGACGAGAAGCAAUGGGCCAAUCCCAUCUCCUUCGACCCCCAGCACUUCCUGGACCAGAACGGCAACUUUAAGAAGAAUCCCGCUUUCCUUCCUUUUUCUGCAGGAAAACGAUCGUGUGUCGGCGAGUCUCUGGCACGUAUGGAGCUGUUCAUCUUCCUCGUGGCAAUCCUGCAGGACUUCAGCUUGUCCUGCCCCGAAGACCCCGACAGCAUCAACCUCAUCCCGGAGUACAGCAGCUUUGCCAAUUUACCUCGGCGCUACGAUGUCAUCGCAACGCCACGGUGAUUGAGAGACGCUGCUCACGAUCGCUCGGAUCGCCUCUGACUUCAGUGAUCGCUUCCUACUGGCACGCUUUAUUGUACAGUUUCUUUCCUUAGAAAAGACAAAUUGAGACAACCUUAGCUUUGCGAGUCUUUCAAACUGAUCAGGGGUCACGUCUCCAAAUAACAAGAAUCUAUUCCCUCGGUUUAGUUCAUCUGUGCAGAUGUCCUUACCGGAACAGCAACAGACCAUCAUUCAGGUUCAGAAAUGAUAAGUUGAACAAAUGCUCCCGUCCAGAAUCACUAACUUGCAAACACGUCAUCAAACGUGAAUCUUGGGCUCCCUUAAUACAGAAACAAGGAUAAUAAAUGUUCAAAAGUGAAUGUUUCUAAUCAUUGUUUUUGUAAAUAACCAUUGUAAACCACUUUUAUUGUACAUGUAUUUCUUUUCUUUAUGUAUAGAUUUUAUCCAAUCAUGCUUCCCUUUUAUUGUCUGUAAAAGUAUUUUCUUA